AUGCCUCCACGAGCCCUGCGCCGUGGGGCGCUCAUAUUCAUUCUGUUCGUUGUCUUUGUUGUGGCCUUCCUGCUUCACAGGUCCUGGUUUCUCAUUGGGCUACUCUUUGAAGAUGGUGGCAGCGAUAGAAUCUCCGCCUCUGAUAUCCCGGCCUCGGACUCGAACAUCACUCUCCCACAACUGAUCCCCAAAAUCAUACACCAGACCUACAUCACAGAGAAGGUACCCGAUCACUGGCAAGCCAGCCAACAAGCAGUGAAAGAUCUGCAUCCGGAUUACGAAUACAUGUUCUGGACGGACACAACCGCCCUCCAGUUUAUCGAAACCGAAUACCCCUUUUUCCUCGAAACCUACACCUCAUACCCCCACCCCAUCCAACGCGCCGACGCUUUGCGCUAUUUCUUACUCCACCGCUACGGCGGCAUCUACAUUGACCUCGAUCUAUUACCCUACCGCUCCCUCACUCCCCUCCUUUCCUAUCCCUCCAUCGCAUGCCUCACAUCCCCUACAGGCAUCUCGAACGAUAUCCUCGGUUCCACGCCCCAACACCCCUUCUUCACACUCGUGAUCGAGCGCCUAUCGGAAUACAACCGCAACUGGGGCCUGCCCUACAUCACCGUGAUGUACAGCACGGGCCCGCUCUUUCUCUCCGUUGUGUGGAUUGAGUUUCUGCGCCGCGGUGUGCCCGGCUUCGGCACGGCUGUCCCCCGCGUUCGCCUCCUGCCCAAGGACGGCACUAAUGGCGAUAGUUACGGCUUCUUCAAGAACGUUCAAGGGGGCAGUUGGCAUGGCCGCGAUAUGGACGUCAUUUUCUGGAUGGGGAGACACUGGUUCCUGGUCACGCUCUUGGGCUUCGUGAUCGGGUUCGCGGUGGUGGGCGUUCUGUGGCGGGCCUUGAGAGCGUGUGCAGGCUUGUGGAGGAGAGAAAGGUGGUGGGACAGGAUCAGAGCUGCGGGGAAGCUGCACGAGCUAGGUUAA